AUGGCAAAGGCGCGGCUGCACGGCGCACAGCUCACCCGUGCUGUGCCACCUGCCAGCCACCAAGGCUCAUGCGACAACAAGUUCGACGCCAUGUCGAAGCGCUCGCGGGAGGAGUCUAGGGGUCGAGAUGCCAAGAUGGCCAACCUCAGCACUCCUGUGGCAGGACUGAGCACUCCAGUGGCUGGUAUGCCAGAAGAAGCGACGCCCAUCGGACGGCGAGCGUCCUUUGAUCAGGAGUUGAAAGUGUCGCGCCGCACUUCCAGUGACAAGGGACCUCCCAAGACGCCAAAAAGUAGCGGAGCCGCCAGCCCCGUGAAUGACGCGCCCAAGGAAGAGUUGAAAGUCUCGCGCCGCGCUUCCAGUGAGGGACUUCCCAAGGUGCCGAAGAGUAGCGGAGCCGCUAGCCCUGUGAGCGACACGCCCAAGGACAAACUGACGGAGUCCAGUGGCUUCUUCCUCUGCUGGCUGUGUCGACGGAAGUUCGACAGCAAUGAGAAGUUUGAUCUUCACGUUGGUUUUCUGGACAUGGCUGGGAGCUUUAAAGGUGACCACGUUAGCAGCUGCGGGAUGACAGCUUUUAUUGGCUGCUCGAUGUGCUUCACAGUCGACUUCAUCAGGAAGGAUGGGACCUACCAAAGCACCACCUUCGCUGUGGCCAUCGGCGGAGGCUUCCGCAGUCGUCGAGAUGUGCAGGAGUUGGAGGCUCUGGCGCGUGCGCACCUCCAAAGCCUGGAGGUCGGGCUGGACGUGAGGCUCAAAGCCAGGAGACAUGAGUCCGGAUCGUACAGGAACCACUGCAUGGAUAUCUGUGACUGCGUCGGUGUGUUAUGCCAUGUCUUACUUCUGGCGCUAUCCCAUCUUCAUGCUGCCUCCACAUAUCCUGGAUGCACAGGCACUGGAGAUCUUUGGGCGCCAGCUCUCCUUGCAGGAGUGUGCCUUGCCCGCAAUCAUCCGGGGAUGCCACCAAUCAGCUGGCCUCGCGGUUUCAACAUGGCUUUCGUGGUGGGUUUCGGUGCAGCGAAACUGCCCGCCAUGCGUUUGCAGACCUCCGCCUUCUUCUUCCAGUAUCGCCUGAGCAUUCUGCUUUGGAUGCUCUUCCUGUCGAUGAUCUUAACCGGUCUGGCGGGUUUGCUACCCUCACACUUCCUGCAAAUUUCCGCCUUCUUCUGGUCCUGCUUCGUGUCCAGUUUCCUCUACGGUGGUAUCGUCACCUACCUGGAGGGACGUCGAAGUACAGAGAUCCUGUUGGCCUCGAUCAGUGCCUCGUUAGUCUUCGCAGGCACCGUGAGCCGCGCCAGCGCAGAUGUGCUGCUGCGGAUGGGAUGCCCUGCGCGCUUCAUGCCGUUGCUGCUGGGUGCAGGCGCUUUCCUCGUGGCGGCCUUUCUGCUGGUUCUGACGGCCCGCGCACCACCGCCCAACCGCGCAGACGUGGCGGCACGCUCAGCGCGAACACCCAUGAGCCCCAGGAAACAGUGGGAGUUUGUGCGUGACAACCUCUUUGGUGUCGUCGCCACCAUCGGCAUUUGGGCCUGCAUGGCGGGUCUCCGUUCCUUCCGCGACUUCUACACGCAGAAGAUCUUCUCGGCCGCGUUGAAUGGCACGCCGACCUCGAAGGUCUACGUUCUUGCAGACGUCCCUGGAGCAGUAUUAUCCUUUGUCUUCUUGGUCAUGAUGUCAUGGGUCCACAACUCGCAACGUGCCCUGUUCCUGAUGCUGCUGACCAAUGUCGCGGGACUCCUGGUGAUGGCAGGAUGCACCUACCUCUUCCGACUCGCUGUGCUGGAUGGCAUGGAUUGGAUUCUGCUCUACUCUGCUGCCUUCUACGCGGCCUACAGCGUCCUGAAUGCGCCGUUAAACGAGCGCAUUUUUGCUGUCACGCGAGCAGAAGGUACCUGUUCGUUUCUGAUCUAUGCCUCAGACUUCUUCGGAUAUGUGGUCACCGUGGGCCUGCUGAUGUAUCAGAGCUUUGGCCCCCUUGCAGGUACUUCAAACAAUGUGGUCCUGGAUCUCUUCGUCUCCAUGCUCUACGUCCUCACUGCUCUCAUGACGCUGCUGGCAGGCGGCUCCAUGUGCUACUUCUGGCGCGACAAGUACGGCCGUCGUCAUCUGCACAAUGCUGUACCACAUGAACAGCGCUUGGCCAACUACCAGCUCGCCGAUCUGGACGAGUUUCCCAGCAUCGGAGGUCUGGCAGGAGAGCGAACAGAGCGGCGCCGCCAGGCGCCCACUGUGCCUCGGGGAAGUCUGCGGCCCUCUACACGCAAUGACGAGAAACGCUUUCGCAAGGCGGCCCGGCAAGAAGCUGAGCUUCAGGAAGAGAAGAUGGAACUUCCUGAAACCGAAGGCCACACUGACACUGAAGUCUGGGAAGACAUUCAUGAGGCAGUGCUCUUUGAAAUGUUCGACGAUGCAAAGGCAGUCGAGGAGGCAUUGCUGCGCUUCGCUGGCAGCUCACACCAGGCUGCACGUGCGCUGGAAGCUCUUCUGGCCAGACCAGAUACCAAGACGGUGGAAGGAGAAGAUGAUUUGGAUUACGAUUGCGCCGACCAGGAGGCUGGGGACGGAUGGGAGGCUGAGAUUGAAGCUGGAGAUGAGGAAAUGUGGUGCGCCUUUUGCGGUGAAGCCAUUGAUGAAGCCGACGAGAACGCCGGCAUAGCAGAG